CAUGGCGGUCACGGUUACGUCUUCCUUUCUCUCUUCCCUCCGCUUACCCGCUCUUCUCCCACCGCAAGCACCCGCCUAUGGCUUCCACAAAUCCUCAGAUCCCCCAGCCCUCGCCUCCGCCGUUUGCUCCCUCCGCUCCUCCCUUUCCCAUCCCCACCACCACCACCCCCUCAUCCUCCUCUUUGUAUCCCCCCGUCGACGUGUCCGAUUUUACCGAGGACCUCUUCCCCCACAUUGCCGAAGACGAUCCUAAAAACCCCUCCCUCCAACCUCCGUCGGAGGAAACCAUACUACGCAUUCCCGGCGCCUUCCUCCACCUUAUCGACAAGCAGCGCAGCGUCGAGCUCGCUUCCGGCGACCUCUACAUCUCUGGGCUCCGACAGGGCGACAGCUUCGUCGCCGUCCUCGUCCGCGUCGGCGGCACCGAUGACGCCGUUCAGUGGCCUCUGGCUCACGAUGAGGCCGCCGUGAAGCUCGACGAAUCGCACUACUUCUUCUCCCUCCACGUUCCCGGUGAGACGGGGGACGGCGGCGGUGGGUCGCCGGACGUUCUUAGUUAUGGCUUGACCUUCGCUUCAAAGGGGCAGGAGGCUCUUCUGAAGGAGCUGGAUGCGAUCUUGGAAAGCUAUAGUAGCUUCUCGGUGCAGAAGGUGAGCGGGAAGGAGCCGGCGGAGGCGCUUGAUGGAACCGUAGCGAAGGAGGUCACGCCCACAGAGGUGAUGGAGGACAGCUCUAAGAAGGAGAUGAUGGAGGAGCGAUGUGUGGCUUACUGGACCACUCUGGCACCCAAUGUCGAGGACUAUAGCGGAUUGGUCGCCAAGGCGAUCGCCGCAGGGUCGGGGCAGCUUGUGAAGGGGAUAUUGUGGUGUGGGGAUGUGACAGUGGAAAGGCUCAAGUGGGGGAAUGAUAUGUUGAAGACGAGGCUAGGGCCGAAUGAGAAGCCGACAGAGAUUAGUCCGGAAACCUGGGCGAGGAUCCAAAGGGUUAAGAGGUUCACCAAGAUGUCAGAGAAGGUUGCGACAGGAGUCUUAUCUGGGGUCGUCAGGGUGUCUGGAUACUUCACAAGUUCAGUUGUAAAUUCGAGAGCAGGCAAGAAAUUUUUUGGUAUGUUGCCUGGUGAAGUUGUUCUGGCUUCUCUUGAUGGAUUUGGCAAGAUAUGCGAUGCUUUUGAAGUGGCUGGAAAAAAUGUUUUGUCUACAUCAUCGGUUGUGACAACUGGGCUAGUAUCUCACAGGUACGGUGAGCAAGCAGCUGCAGCCGCAACCCAAGGGCUUGAUGCUGCAGGGCAUGCUGUCGGAACCGCGUGGGCCGUGUUCAAGAUCAGAAAAGGCAUUGACCCCAAGAGCAGCAUCGCUCCCACCACACUGGCAAAAUCUGCUGCAGAAGCUGCAGCUUCUGAAAUCAGAUCUAAGCGUGGCAAGGAGACUUGCAAGAACUAAAAUCUCCCUGCUAUGUUUUAAUUAUUUAUCUUCCUUUCGUUGGAGAUUCUUUUUCACAAUAGUUUACCAAUUGGAACAUUAGUUUGAUGUUUCUGUAUCACUCGAACUAUCCUCUCCCUCUUGUAUGUUAUUUCAUGCAAUUUUAUGUGUUAAUAAUAAUCAAAAUAGAUUGCUCUC